UUACUAUAUUUACCAAAAUCUAUAAUCAUGAGCUUAAUCUCAAGAUCUGCAAAUAUAGCACCAAAUUUUGGGCAAUUGGAAAAGAUAUGUUAAAUGACAUUAAGUUUUAUACUAAAAAUAGAAAUCUUUCAAUUUCCAUACAAUGUAAGUUGUUAAGUGCUAAGUACCUGGAUAGAAUGUUCACAGAUUCAGACCUAGCAAAUGCUAUUCAAUAUUUCAAAGUCAAGUUUCGAGACUAUAGAGCAGAUACUUCAUAUCUUUUGUCAUUUUUCACUGAAAAACAGUCUGAAGAAUCAGAGUAG